UUUGCCGCCUCAGAGUUGUUUUUUAAAUCGGAAAACGUGCGUAAGCGGACUGGUGAUUUUUAUUACUGUUUUUAAGUAAACUUUCCGUCAAACUUUUACGUGGUCGUGCGUGUUUUGAACAGGUUUGGACGGACCCAGUUAACCGGUUAUUUUUCGCCUUUUUUUUUUCUUAAAUUAUUGUUAUGGAGCAGUUUAAGAGAAAUAGGAAGGCGUCGCGGUCGAUGUUCACAAGAAAUAGUAAUGAAUUGGAGCAGUUACUCAACAGUGAAGGCAAUAUUACAGAGAUUAAGGCCCUGUUUGAGUUAUUGACUGCAAAAUCUGAUUCCUUAAAGGUCGUGGACGAAGAAACAUAUGCCCUUUUACUUGAGGACGACACGUUUCAAGAAGAGGAUUUAAUAAAAGAGCUGGAGUCCCAGGAGGAAUACAGAAAAAGGUAUGGGUUGUUAGAAAUUCGAGUUAAUGAGUACCUCGCCAAGAAGUUGAGUGUGGGUGAGGGUACAGAGAAGCGAAAUUCUUCAGCGUUAGCCAGCAGGAUUGAGGAUCAACAUUGACCAAGGCAAAACAAGUAACCCAGACAUUUGUAAUGAAACAUUAACCAAGAGGUACCAACACUUUCAACUUCAAUUCAGAUUAUGCUUUAAUAUAAUUUUUUUUUAAAAUAAUUAUUUUAUGUUAUAA